UAAACUGUCGUAAAAAAGCACUUCGUUAUUAUGCACGUCACUGAGAACAGUUUGAUGACAAAUAUGGCCUAAACAACGGGAAGCCUUCAGGUUUCAAAGAAGAAAAUGCUACUAUAAUACAUUCAACAUAUAUUCACUAUUAUUUUUGCACGUUUAUAUGGUUUGUUAAAUCUAGCUUGCCUGCAUUCGGUCUUGCGUAAUGGCUGGCGUCAUGGAAACAGAGGAGCAAGCGAGGAACCGGUUCCAGUCGGAGUUGGAGUUUGUUCAGUGCUUGGCCAACCCAAACUACCUUAACUUUUUAGCUCAAAGAGGGUACCUGAGAGAAAAACCUUUUGUGAAUUACCUGAAGUAUUUGCUUUAUUGGAAAGAACCAGAAUAUGCCAAAUUCCUAAAAUAUCCACAUUGCUUGCACAUGUUGGAGCUGUUGCAGUAUGAGCACUUCCGGAAAGAGCUGGUGAAUGCUCAGUGUGCUAAGUUCAUUGAUGAGCAGCAGAUCCUGCAUUGGCAGCACUACUCACGCAAGCGCACGCGCCUUCAGCAAGCUCUUGCUGAGCAACAGCAGCAACAACAGCAACAGGCCCCUCCCCAUGGCAACCCCACUUCCAAAUGAGGCUUCUACACGUUGGCUAGUGAGGUCUCAGUACUCCAUGCCCCAGUCACUUUUUUUAUGAGGACAUUUGGGUAAAUCGUGUAAACUUUCUUAUACCUUUUUUUUUGUAUAUGGUGAUGCUGAAAGUAGGUUCAAAAGUUUGUUUGGUAUUGACUGUCAAAACUCUCUUAUGGUAGACUCACGAUGCCCUGUGGGGAAAUAACAACGUUUAGAGACAAAUUGUGAAAGGAACAAAAAGCAUGUUUACUUUUGAUUGUUUGAAUAGAACAUUUUCUCACACUGGUAUUUUAAUUCUAGUUCCCUAAAUGCCAGACAAUCCAGUAACCUGACCAUAUAAUUUAAAAACCUAGAGAAAUUGUCACAUUGAUUCUUGUCUGCUCAAAUUUCUCCAUUUAUUUCCAAUUGUAUUUUGUCAUUUAAGUAAAUGGUCCCUUGUUAUGAAAGAGCUUAAAGAUAUGUUUUAAGGUUUGCAUUAUAUGGCAUUAAGGCAUCACUUUAGAGGCAAAGGGGUGUGUGUGCUGUUCAUAUAUUUGUGAGAAAAUGCAAAUUAAGAUUCUAUAUUAACACAGAACUGUGACUUUGAGGUGUUACCACCUCAGCUUUUCUUACUGUCUUGUACAAUAAAGACAUUUGUAAAUGUGUUUUGUCUUAAAAUGGGACCUUCAGACAUUUAACUUAUGUAAAAAAAAUUCAAUCAAAAUUAAAUGGCUGAUUUUAGUGAUCAAUGAAGAUA